AUGAGAAUUUUUGACCGGCCCAUCUACAAACUAUGGUUUGACCGUCAAGAAAAUCUAGCAUUACAUAAGCCUACUUGGGAACAGCACCCAUGGCCUGACAAAAGUAGAGACUUUGGUAGUGAGAAUGCAGUGGACGGUAUGUAUGAUGAUCGUGGAGUUGGAGGUCAGUGUACAAUAUCUGAUGACGGCAAAUACACAGCAACAUGGAGGGUAGACCUUGGGAGAGUUGUCAGCAUCAGUCAUAUUGACAUCUACUAUAGGAAGGAUAACCAAAAUCAUACUCAAAAUAUACAGAGAAUGGCAGGCUUUUUUGUCUAUGUAUCCAACACAACCUCUAAAGACAAUGGCUAUCUCUGUUAUCAUGAUGAAUCAGCCGACCAAAAUAUGUUGUCAUUGGACCACCACAUCAACUGUUCUCUUCAAGGACGACACGUUAUCUACUACAAUGAACGUAGACAUGGUGUUCAGUAUCCUAACUUCUAUUCAAAAUAUGCUUUUAAUGAACUGUGUGAAGUAGAGGUAUAUGGGUGUAAUGGAACAUAUGGAGACGAUUGCUUUUAUCCAUGCCCAAGAAAUUGCCAAGACAGGAGUUGUGACACCGAUACUGGCCACUGUUCUAGUUGUGUCUCAGGAUACAAGGGUCCAAUGUGUAACCAGGAGUGUGAUAAAGGAAGAUAUGGAAUAAAAUGUCAAUAUAACUGCAGCCGCCAUUGUGAAGAAGAAUUUCAUUGUUAUCAUACCAACGGAUUGUGUUUAAAUGGAUGCGCUCCUGGUUAUAAAGGACCUUUCUGCAAUAUUUCAUGCGAGGAACCAUAUUUUGGCAUUGAUUGUUUACAGAUGUGCAGUAAUUGUUUAAACCAAUCCUGCUAUCAAGAAACUGGCGUAUGUAAGUUCCAGGUAAUGCAUAUGGAUUAA